AAUUCAUACAAUUCUCUAUCUCAGCUUUUCCUACUCUUUCCAUAGCAACAAUGGCAACGAAAGCAACCCUCCUACUAUGCCUAGCUUUUGUUCUACUCAUUCUGGUGCAAAAUCAAGCUUCUAGUGUUGGACUGUCAAUUUCUCAGCAUCAGCCUAAGGCCCUGAAUGCAAGGCAAUAUGGAAUCACCGAGGGAAGCCUUCGCCCUCAAGAAUGUGGACCUCGAUGCGGUACUAGAUGUUCCAAGACAGCUUACAAGAAACCAUGCAUGUUAUUCUGCCAGAAAUGUUGUGCAAAAUGCCUGUGUGUCCCUCCUGGCACAUAUGGUAACAAGCAAGUUUGCCCUUGCUACAAUAACUGGAAGACCAAGAGAGGAGGGCCCAAAUGCCCAUAACUUUAUAGGAGUAAUAAUUUCAUGCAAGAAUUUGGUUGCCUAACUUAUUGUACCCUAUGCUCUGUAACCCUUUUCUUUACUUUUCUUUUAUGUUUUUGGUUUUCAAGCUUUCCUAGAAGAAUCCAUUGGAAGAAAAGAAAAGUGAAUUAAAAUGAGAGUUUAGAAGAUGAAAAAGGGAAAGACCCUCAAUCGUUAGGCAGUAUUGGAUUCAAUGUAUCCAUUGUAACCUAUUCAAUAUCCAUUUCUACUUAUGCUUUCUUGAUUAAUAGCAAUAUCCAUUUUUACUUUUACUUUCUUCA